ACUCGAACGGUACGCGUUGACCUUGUAUGACGUACUAGUUGAUAAUACUAUACUCAGUUCAUUUUAACAACUCGCGGUACAAAGACGUGUUUAAAAAUGACGGAAAACGAAACGUCUCCCACAUUUUGGGAUGAAUUGACGAGUCCCAUUAAUUUGAUUUUGGUGUUUUUCAUUUUGUACUUACUAUAUAAGAUAAUAAAGUCGCAUUUGGAAACGUCAGGGCCGGCAACACCUCCUCCGCCACCGAUGGCCAAGCUGCGAAAGGAUAUGACAGUUGCUGAAUUAAAGAAAUAUGAUGGCUCUGAUGAAGAAGGCAGAGUAUUGUUGGCUGUAAAUGGUAUAAUUUUCGACGUGACUAAAGGGAAACGAUUCUAUGGACCGGGAGGUCCAUAUGCGGCUUUCGCUGGUAAGGACGCAACUCGUGGCCUAGCUACAGGAGAAGUCGCUGCAUCAGAUAAGGAGUACGACGAUGUCAGUGAUCUUUCACCUGAUGAAGUUGCAUCAGCAAAAGAAUGGGAAGAACAAUUCAAAGAAAAAUAUGACAUCGUAGGAAGACUUUUGAAGCCCGGUGAGACACCAAAUAAAUACGAUGACGAAGUAAGCGAACAUAAAAAUGAAAAGAAGAACGAAGACAAGAAGGCGCAAUAGAUUUUAGAUAAAUAUUUGCAAUCUUGUGAUAUUUUAUAGGAUAAUAUUUGUUGGGUUAUGUUACAUAAUAAAUUAGAUAUUU